UUAUUCUUAUUCAUUCUUGUGUUUGUAGUGUCCCAGUGUUUCUGUCUUUUCCUCUCUGUCUUGCCUUACGUUGGUAGUUUCUCCUCCCUGUGUGUCAUCUGUACUUUAUCUCAUCGUCUUCACUCACUCCUUUUCCAUGUGUGACUUGUCUUCUCCUGUCUGAGUGUCCUUGUUUGCGAUUGCCCGCCCUGUCUUAAUUGUCUUGUUGUGUAAUCAGUCCUCUGUAUAUAAUUAGUCACGUCUUUCCUUUUGUCCUUUGUCAACAAGUCUGUUUUGGCUCCCGCUAACUCUUAUAAUCUGAAAACCUCAUCCAGAUCAUAAGAGCCCAUUGUUGUUUUUGAAACUGCAUUUUUCUCCUUUUACUACUAAGGACCAAAUUUACCACAUCUUCACGUGACACUUUAACAUCAGAUUGUUUAUAUUUUACCCUCAACUCUUAUGCAGUCAAAUAACAACAACAUUGCCGGGCUUCUUCUUUAUUCCACAAAUUCUGGUGCCUACAUUACCCACAAUGCAACUCUUGCUGCGGCUUUAGUGCAGAAAUAAAUCUAAAAAUAUCAAGGCAUCCUGCUGUUUUAAAGUCACAAAAAUCAUAUGAGGAGAUUUUUGGAUGUUAUUGCAUGUUUGUAUAUUUCAAUAACAGAACACUUAAGAACAGUUGUGCAACAUAAUUAAACCCAACAUUUCAAUAGUUCAGCUUUAACUUUUUCAAAAAAGGUGAUAAAGGUGAUAAAUCUUGUGGUGACCUGGCUGCAUUAUGGUGUACUAUAUGAUUAAAUGUUUGCAUACAAAUAAAGAGAUAACAGUUUUAAUCCUACCUGUGUGCCUCUUUUUAGAUUUACUAUAAAUGUUAAAAAUCAGUCAUUAUUUUAGUUAAUCUUCUGUCUCUAUUGGAUUUAAGGCAAAAAUGUAACCAGAUGCUCGGAAAUGCCAUAGCAUUGUAGUCUUAUCAAAAACAAAUACAAAGACAGUCAGAAGGUCAGAGUUACAUCUACAGUGACAGUGUCACCCUGAGGCUUCAGCCAAAAUCCCACAAUCUGUCUGUACAGACUCUAACAAGGCUGGAAAACCUGCUCCUUUAAUGAGAGGCAACAUUAUACCUCAUCGCCACAGCUGUAGAUGCACUGACUCUUGGUGUGGUCACAGCCAGAAAUAUUGUGCAUUAAGAUGUUAAUAUUGUAUUAAAAUGCAGCAGAACAUUUUUGUAUGAUGUCAACACAGAAGUACUAUUCAAAAAAAUCGAAGCAACAUAUUUGACAGAGGCUAUGCAGUAGUACUUUCUUCCAGCCAAAGAUCUCAGUAUCAAAAUCUCGUCAUGCCUCUGUUUCUGCUUCAACCUGUCAGCACGAUGAUGCGUCCUCUAGCUCUUCACCAAAACAUCUCUGGGACGCUGAGCUGUGAGUGAGUCAGAGUUAACCACCAUGAGUGCUGACACCGUCAGCAGGCCAGAGCUGGAAUUGGAGAACAACGGCGAGCUUGCCGACUUGGUGGCAGCCAUGAACGUGGCCGCCAACCGUUUAACCCCUCCUAAUGGCUACAGGUCGGGUGGUCCAAGGACCACCAACACCAACCGAAUUCGCCUCUCAGACAGGAAACUGUCUCUGCAGGAGAGAGGGAGCCGCAUGGCCCGACAGCCAACCAUUGAGACCAAACGUGUGUCAAUCACUGGCGUUGAUGACUGUAUCCAGCUCAACCAGUAUAAACUAAAGGAAGAGAUUGGAAAGGGUUCAUAUGGAGUAGUGAAAUUGGCUUAUAAUGAAGAUUCAGAAGAGCACUAUGCAAUGAAAGUAGUUUCAAAGAAGAAGCUGAUGAGGCAGUGUGGAUUUUUGCGCCGCCUGCCGACCUCAGGGUCAAAGUCACAGCAGGAUCCGUUCCCUAAAGCCGUCUUGCCUCUGGAGAGCGUAUACAAGGAGAUCGCCAUCCUGAAGAAACUGGACCAUCAUAAUGUUGUCAAACUGGUCGAGGUGCUGGAUGACCCUGAUGAAGAUGGACUUCACAUGGCCUUCGAAUUGGUGACAAAAGGACCGGUGAUGGAGGUGCCUGCUGACAACCCUUUAACAGAGGAGCAGGCUCGCUUUUACUUCAGAGACGUCGUCCUUGGAAUAGAGUACUUACACUACCAAAGGAUUAUUCACAGGGACAUUAAACCAUCUAAUCUGCUGUUGGGAGAUGAUGGCCACGUCAAAAUAGCAGACUUUGGUGUGAGCAAAGAGUUUGAGGGGACAGACGCCCUUCUGUCAAGCACAGCGGGGACGCCGGCCUUCAUGGCUCCGGAGACGAUGACCGAACACGAGCAGAGCUUCAGUGGAAAAGCAUUAGACGUGUGGGCGAUGGGAGUCACACUGUACUGCUUUGUCUUUGGGAUGUGUCCUUUUUAUGAUGAAUACAUAGUUUCUCUACACAACAAGAUAAAGAACAAACCUGUGGAGUUUCCAGAGACGCCAUUAAUAAGUAAUGAACUGAAGGAACUUAUUGAAAGGAUGCUGGAUAAAAACCCUGAAACAAGAAUCACCAUCCCAGAAAUUAAGCUCCAUCCGUGGGUGACAGAGAAUGGUGCAAAUCCUCUCCCUCUGGAGGAGGAGCACUGCACGGUUGUUGAGGUCACUGAGGAGGAGGUGCAGAACAGCAUUAAACUCAUCCCCAGCCUCUCCACUGUGAUUCUUGUGAAGUCCAUGCUGAGGAAGCGGUCUUUCAGUAAUCCCUUUGAGUGUCAGGGCAGACGGGCGGAGAGGUCCAUGUCUGCCCCUGGAGGUCUUCUUACUGGUUCUUGGGGCUUACUGGGGUCUUCGUCUCACCUUCAUCCUUCCUUGAGGAAAGUCAGCAGAGAGGGAAGCAGAGAAGGAGAGUUGGAGGACUUGUAUGAAGAUGAAGCUUUUACAGAGAGUGCUGAUUAAUCUGGCUCCCAUGGAUUUAAAACACAGAAAGUAUGUUUUUGUACAUUUAUUUGUGUCUUUUUCUCUUAAUUCUUUUGUUCGUUGUUGCUUUUGACAUUAGAGGAGAAGAUUGUGGUCAUUUUGUAAAUUUACUGAAUAUUCAAGUAAAGAUUUGUAGUGCAUGAAAAUACAGAAAAAGAUGAUAUUAUCUUCCAUCCAGGCUUAAAAAAGUAAAUAUACUCCAUGAAGAUGAAGAUAUUUUUACAUUUUCCUACAGCUGUUGAAGAUAACAAAAUAUAAACUAUUGAAACAAUGA